AACAAAACACUGAAAACACAAAAUAAAACAACAGAAAGAAGUACAGUUAUGCUGAAUGAAUCACAAAUUUUGACUAUUUUUCGAAAAGUUUUGCCAUAAUAUUGAGUUGAAAUUGUUUUGCAAUCAUCUAUAAACGCGCAAUUACACGUACUUCGUCGAAUGAAUUGUGCAAUUGAAUCAUUUUUCAAAACAGGAAUAAGACGAAUCUGUCAUUAUUGUGCGGUUUCGAUUUUUAAUACAGAAUGCAAGAUCUCGCGUUUAAAAUUUAAUGAUUACGCAGAAUUGUGCUUCAAUUGGGUCCCUCGUUCAUCGAGCCCAAGGAUAUAAAAAGCUAAAAGAAGAGUGUCUGAUGGCUUCGAAAUUCUACGUUCCAGGAGGAUCUGCGGUGAAAACUCGCUCGUACUAUUUGGUGGCUGAAAAUUGUCGAGCUUUCGUGAAGGAAAACAAUCAGAUAGAUUUCUUGGAGAAAGGAUCUUUGGUUGUUUCAGUUAGAAGUACUCGAGGUCCAGCGAAUGAAUUGGAAGUAAAAGUUAUCGAUAUAAAUAAUACGAUUAAUGCACCUGAAGAAGUUACUUAUCGAUGUUCUCCUGAUAAACUAAUCAAAGUAAAUGAAAAAGCGUGGAAUCUGAUUGCUACUAUAGAAUCAGUCGCAGAUAAAAUAAGAAUCGCUAAAGAUACCGCACUUUGUGAAGAGCUAUGUAGUAUUGAUGUUGGUUGUUCCGUAGUACUGUAUUCCAGUUGUAUCGGUUUGGUUACAGCCAAGAAAAGUUUAAAGAACAAUGGUAUGGGUGUUUUAUUCGAAGUAUUGAUAAAAGAUGUAUUUGAUGAUCAACGAAGUUCCUUGACGAAAAUCGGCAAUAAAGUAAACGUUGCAGCUGACAAAUUGAGGUUAUAUCAACCUUCUCAUAAGACAUCGUCAAAAUCCAAGUUUCUAAAUGAUCUUAAUGUUCCUGAUAAUCAGUAUUCGUAUGACUUUAAAGAUGAAACCGACUUUGUUUCACAAAAUCACUCAAUUCACAAAUUCAAAGGUGGCGAUAGUGUGAUGUGGUUAUCGGAAUCAGAUCCACAACCAGCUACAAUAUGCUGGAAUAGUAGAAUUAGUGAUAAAGUGAGAAUACAUUUGGAUAAUGAAUGCCAACCAGUGCACUGCGAGCGUUCGCAUACUCACCUCGUUCCUACCAGAGAUUUGAUGUUGGCCGAAGAAUUUCUCAAACAAUAUGAUGAAAUGCUGAGAAAAACUGGUGAAUUUUCAACCACUUACAACAUUAACAAUCAAGAUCCCGACAUUUCCAGAGUAGAAGAUCUAUUAGGAUUAAACGAACUUAAUGAAUAUUUUUCAAAUUCUGGUCCGAAAUCACCGUCAAAUACAAAAUAUGACGAAAAUUCUCGAAAAUCAUCAGAGAAGUACAGCAGUUCUUCAACAGUUUCACGAAAGUCGGAAUCAAAGCUAUCAUCGGAAAAUGAAAAUGAUCUCGGAAUAGGUUCUGUGGUAGAAGUGAUGAUCAAAGAUGAACCUUAUUAUGGAGUUAUAAAAUGGAUCGGUAAUAUAGAUUAUCAAAAUGGUGCAGUGAGACCUCUAAUAGCUGGAAUCGAAUUGGAAGAAGAACAUUGUGAAGCAGGCAAUGGAUGGAUGCGUGGGCAUAAAUACUUUGACUGUGCUCCUCAUAGAGCAACGUUCAAAUUACUCAACCAGUGUAAAAAAGAUUCGCGUUUUUCCGAGCCUUCUUGUUCAAUCGAAGCUUUCAAAGAUCGUGCUCGAGAAGUAAUACCCGGAAUUAUUGAACCCGUCACCCAUGUGGAUCCUGACAGAACAUUCAGAAAAUAUAAUGGAAUACAAGGCCACAAUAAUUCAUGCUAUUUGGACGCGACUUUGUUUUCCAUGUUUACAUUCACGAGUGUAUUCGAUAAUUUACUAUUACGACCUGCGAAUGCAAAUGACUGUGAUUGUUACGAAGAAGUACGACGAGUUCUGCGAGAAGAAAUAGUUAAUCCAUUAAGAAAAAAUUUAUUCGUCCAUGCCGAUAGUGUAAUGAAACUGCGUACUCUUCUCGAUAAUUCAACUUCAGUAACUGGUUUGACUUGCGAAGAAAAAGAUCCCGAAGAAUUCCUAACAUCAUUAGUUGCGCAAGUGCUUAAAGCGGAGCCAUUUUUGAAGCUGAGCUCUGGCCACGAAGCGUAUUAUUAUCAGUUGUUUGUUGAAAAAAACGAAAAACUCAUAUUACCCACCGUGCAAGAAUUAUUCGAACAAAGUUUAAUAAGCAGUGAUAUUAAAUUGAAAGAAGUUCCAUCAUGUUUAAUAAUACAGAUGCCUAGAUUUGGCAAAUCUUAUAAAAUGUAUCCUCGCAUAUUACCUUCGCAAUUAUUAGACGUCACCAACGUCAUCGAAAAUUCUCCUAAAGAAUGUUCGGUGUGUGGCGCUUUGGCAAAAUACGAAUGUAAGGAUUGUUUUAAAAAUUUACAACAUGAUGACUGGUGGUUUUCAUUUUGCGAAAAAUGUGUAACUCGAGUACAUUCUCAUGAAGACAGACGUCAUCAUACCAAAACAUUACUCCAAGUACCCCGCGAAUGUGCUUCGUUUCGUGAUCCAAAUGCUAUACCGCGACAAUACAUGGAAUUAUUUGCAGUACUUUGUAUAGAAACUUCGCAUUACGUAGCAUUCGUCAAAUGCGGAUCUGGUCCAGAUACACCUUGGUGUUUUUUCGAUUCCAUGGCCGAUCGUAAAGGCGAACUUAAUGGUUUCAAUAUCCCCGAAAUGGUUUUAUGCUCCGAAUUACCUAACUGGUUGUCCGAAAACGGUGUUCAGGAAUUCUCCUAUAAAGAAGAUCGUAAUUUACCUACCUAUGCGAAAAGGUUACUUUGUGAUGCGUAUAUGUGUAUGUAUCAGAGUACAGAUGUGAUGAUGUAUCGUUGAUGAUGAAGCCUUGUUAAUUUUUAGUCAUUUUUAAUUCUUGCAUUCUCUUGUUUUCGUUUUAUUUUAUUUGUCAUAAUUAUUGUGAAUAGUGUAUAAUUUUUAAGAAAGUUUUCCUUCAAAGCAUUCCAAAAUAUUUUAAGACAUCAAGUAUAACAUUUCACGUUG